CCCAAGCCAGCGAGCAGGGCCAGGCCAGGGCCCAAGUGACGCUGUGCGCUUCAGCAUCCGACCUCCGCCAGCACCGACGAAUGCUCCGGAGGCGGAUGCUCACGACCGCGGCCAAGGCUGCUGCUGCGGCGCCAGCCGCGGCCGGAGCGGCCGCCUCGCUCGCUGGGAAGCCGACCCUGCUCAAGUCGGCCGCGAUUUUUGGCUCCGCGAAUGCGCUCGGCUUCGGCAUCUCUGCGGCGACGGGCUCUCACCUGCACCUCGACCUCAUCGGGACGGGCGUCUUCGCCGUCGCGGCGGUCGCCACUGCCGGCGCCGACGCCCGGCAGCGCUGCUCUGCGGGCGCCGUCGCGCUGUGGGCCGUGAAGCUCUCGUCCUUCCUCUUCUACCGCGCGCUUCAGACGCAGCACGACGGUCGACUGACCGAGAUCCUGUCCACGACGAGCGGCGCUGCGGGCUUCUGGUUCAUCUCCUUCGCCUGGGGCUGGGUCGUCUCUCUCCCGCACACGAUCGCCGCGGGCGUGCCCGCCGGACGGCCACGCUUCGGCGGGCCGUUCGACGUGCUCGGCCUCGGCCUCUUUGCGGCGGGGCUGCUGACCGAGACGGCGGCAGACUACACAAAGUGGUGCUUCAAGGCCGACCCUGCCAACCGCGGCCGCUUCUGCGACGCCGGCGUCUGGGCCGCGUCGCAGCACCCGAACUGGUUUGGCAACCUCGCCCUCUGGAGCGGCAUCUUCCUGCUCAACGUGCCCACCCUCGCCGCCGACUUGCCUGCCGGUGCGGGCUGGCUGCGGCGCGGCGCGAGACUUCUCGGCGGCGCCGCCUCGCCCCUCUUCCUCCUCUCUCUCUUCUACGGCCAGGCGACGGACGCUAUCGCCAACCAGGCGGAGCUCGCGCGCAGGCGCUACGCCUCCGACCCGCGCUACGCCGCCUACGAGCAGCGCACGCCCCUCGUGGUGCCGACGAUCGCCAGCCUCGGGCGGCUCUUCGGGCGCUGACGCGGUGUGAGCGGUGAGGUCUGCCGUAGCACUCAAUUAGAGAGGUAACAGGAAACAGCUCUCGACUCUCUCGACACACUUCCGGACACAUGCGCCCCCCGACAAGGGACGAGCUUGCAAGCGUCAAGCGACAACCGAGAAAUGUGGCGGGUUUAUCUCGUCCUCAGCUCCUGAGUCCUGACUCCUGUCUCACACACGCACACCUCGACAUGCGUCUACGUGUAGUUUUGCAGUGUUGUACACCAUCGUG